AGGCGUGUAUUGUGGGGCUGGAUUUUGGGGAUCUGGUGAGUUAGCUGGUUGCCAUGGUAAGGCACCUGGUCAUGUGAUCAGGAUGGUGCUCCAGGCUGUUUUGACGUCAAGCUAUAGACAGAGCGAGGGAGAGAGGGAGGAAGAGAGAGCAAUCCGUGGCAGCAGCAGCAGCAGCAGGGUCUCAGCCUACCCAUAGCGUACAAGCUGCGAAAAAAAAAAAAAGGGGGGCUGCAAUAUAGAAGCCUCGUUCUACACCGCCAUCCAUUCCAAAUAUUUCCAGUCUGAUUUAAUAAUUCCUCCCAAUCGCUGGGACAGCUCCAAUGCCGGGUCCUACCCAAACGCUGUCCCCAAAUGGAGAAAACAACAACCACGACAUUAUUCAUGAUAAUGGCAGCAUCAUCCCUUUUAGGAAGCACACCGUACGGGGAGAACGCUCCUACAGCUGGGGAAUGGCGGUCAAUGUGUACUCUACCUCGAUAACCCAGGAGACUAUGAGCAGACAUGACAUCAUUGCAUGGGUGAAUGACAUUCUGUGUUUAAACUACACAAAGGUCGAACAGCUAUGUUCAGGUGCUGCCUACUGCCAGUUUAUGGAUAUGCUCUUCCCACAAUGCAUAAGCCUAAAGAAGGUCAAGUUUCAAGCCAAGCUGGAACACGAGUACAUUCACAAUUUCAAACUGCUACAAGCCUCAUUUAAAAGAAUGAAUGUCGAUAAGGUCAUACCGGUAGAAAAAUUGGUUAAAGGACGAUUCCAAGACAACCUGGAUUUUAUUCAGUGGUUUAAGAAAUUCUUUGAUGCAAACUAUGAUGGCAAAGAAUAUGAUCCCAUGGAAGCCAGACAAGGACAGGACGCCCUUCCACCCCCAGACCCCGGUGAACAGAUCUUCAACCUGCCAAAAAAGUCUCAUCAUGCCAACUCUCCCACAGCAGGAGCAGCAAAAUCAAGUCCUAUUGCAAAACCAGGAUCCACUUCAUCUCGCCCAUCAUCUGCAAAGAAGGCAGCUCCCAGUUCUUCAGUAAAAAGCGAUAAAGAUUUGGAAUCACAAGUUGCACAUCUUAAUGAACAGGUGCAUUCAUUAAAAAUUGCCCUAGAGGGAGUAGAAAAGGAAAGAGACUUCUACUUUGGAAAGCUAAGGGAAAUUGAACUGCUGUGCCAAGAACACGGACAAGAAGGUGAUGACCUUGUCCAGCGGUUAAUGGAUGUGCUGUAUGCGACAGAUGAGCAGGAGGGCCAAACAGACCAUCACGAUGGCGAUGAUCAUGACCAUGUUCAGGAGGAUCCACAGCAACAGGACGAGUACUGACCCCCACCUCCUCCCUUCCGCUCCCCUCACUGUUGUCAUUUCACGUGGAACUUUCUUUCAAGAGAGCAAUGUGUGGCCAGUCACACUCGGCACACCCCUACCAUGUAAUGUACUAUAGUGAGUGCCAGCAAACCACCACAUUCUGUACCAGUUACUUUCCCAAGAAGUGUUUACAGAAGUUAUUCCAGCCCAAGCUAAAGUGAGAGGUGUGGGGCUACUCGGCAGCAGCUUGUACCACUUGACUGUUUUUAAAUUGUUUUCAAAUCUUUUCCAUAUUUUUUUAUUUAUUUGUAAUUGAGCCAUUUCCUUGUUUUCCAAACUGCUUGCUUCUAAUUGUAAUAUCGUACAAUAUUUAUAUAUACAUGUCAUACAUAGGAACCAUUACUACCACGUAUCACGAAUGUAAAAGUGCUAAGUUAACAGAAAAGAAAAAAACAAGAAAAAAAAACACGUGUACCAGGUUAAUGUAUCAUGUUAAGGAGAAACGGCUGCUGGCUUGUAGCUGAGAAAGUGUUGACCUGUUUUAGGGGGUUCGUUUGGUUAAUUUAUCCUAAAGGAAAAUAAUUGCACUCAAAAAUGCGAUCUGAUCACUCUCCUACAUGUAGUAAAGAUUCACCCACCUGAUGCCAGUAGUCCACGGAUAUCAGUGGAGGGCAUGAGACAUUAAUUCAAGGUAAUGUAUUUGUUCCUAGGUCUUCCAUAACAUCAGGACUUUUUCUUGCAAGGAAAAAAAAAAUGAGAUUCCUGAACUGCAUACAUUUUUCACCCCUAAAAUCUUCAUCACUCCCCGAUACAGCUCUAUUGUUGUCAAAAUACAUGUUUUAUUAAUAUUUUUUCUAAGAGUUUAUUACAUUUUUAUUUUGUUAUUGUUAAAGUAGUAGAAAACCACUUACAGCACACACAGUAGCUAUGGGAUGUUGGUGUCGGACUGAAGCAUGCAGAGCUCAUGCACCAGAGGGCCUACUGAGGAGGUACAGAUGUUAUAUGCAGUACAAAUGUUUUUCUUUUUAUUGUUCUUUUAAAUUGUUCUUUAUUUUUUUAAUCAUAUAAAUACAUACUCCGAUGUUUUGAUAUUUAAUAAUCUUGAGUUAUUGACAUAAUUGUUAAUUUGAAGUUUUCCUCUUCUCAAGCGUUUGCUGAAGGCUUGAGAGCCGCCAGCAUUUCCCACACCAGUCCGACACUAACUUAGUAUUACUGAGUCAGGCUGAAAAGUCAUCUUGAGGAGAUUUGUAUUCAGUCAUAACAUCAGUUUUAUAACAGUAAGGGUGCAUUCACACGGUGCUGUCCAUUUUACGGACCGCAAAACAUGACACCAGGCCGUGUGCACGCCGCAUUGCAGUGCAAACUCAUUGACUUCUAUUGUUCCACGAUCCACACGUUGCAGCCUAUCUUUUGCUUUGUGGCCUCGCGGACCCGGAAGCCUUUCUUUGUGCUUCUGGGUCCGUGUGGCCACUCCGCAGAAGAUAGGACAUGUCUUAUUGUUUGUCGCGUGUUGCAAAUUGUGGGCCCAUUAAAGUCAACGAGGCGGGGUGCACACGGACAGUGUUUGUAUUUUGCAGAUUGCAGUCCGCAAAGCGUGCAUGGCCAGGUGGUUGCACCCUAACCUGAAUUAUUGACUGACCAGAUCACUGCCGAAGAGCUAGAACACACGUAGAAACUGUCAUGUAACAAACAGGAAUACAGCAACAUGACUUCUCUAGAAAUACACAUACUCACUUAAUUGGCAUCUGCCUAAGCAUAAGAUGCAGUAAUUUAAUAUAAACAGAAAUAUCAUAAAAUGCUUGUUAAGCUGCUGUGGUGCACUAUAUUUCUCUGAAUGCAGUAUUAACAGACUUGAGUAUACAAUGACACCAGUAAUAUAAUCUUCCCCAUAUAUGUACUACCUCUAUUAUUUAUCAGAUGUUUGGCUUAUUGAAGGCUUGGAUGACUACCUUCUUAACAAGCAUCAUGCAAACUUUUAGUACAUUGUUCAGAUCCCUGUGGUCUCUGCAGUAGAAGCUUUUUUUUUUAUAUCGCAAACCAAUAUUCAAAAUGUAUAGAAUGCAAAAACGAUUCUAAUCAGUGAUGUCUCAAGAAAGCGAUGCAACGGCAAAUAUCUCACCAUGGCUGAUGAGACGUCUGUCCAGCUCUAUGGAGACAGAAGAAUCAGAUGGAUCACACCAGUGAUGCCAGUGCCGACAGCUAUCUCUCCAGAUCCUCCCAUACAAGAUGCCUAUGUAGUAAAUGGGAAGAAGAGAGAAAGCUGCUGCCCAAAAAUUCUGGCAGCAGUUUUUCUCCUGAGAACAAAAGGAUCGGCAUCAACUUCAGCAUUCGGGGGAGAUUUGGUAGGCCUUAUACACAUGCAUACAUUAGAUGGUCAGCCGAUCCUAUAGAUAUAGCUUUCUCCCCUGUGUAUAGAUCCUGUAGAAGCAGCACGUGGAGCCAUGUGGAAAUGGCUUUCGGAACUGACAAUUAAGUGAGACCGUUUUCUAUGGAUUGUAUUGCUGUACAUUAACAAUGCCUGUUUUUUCCCCCCGCUUUCUUUUGGCAUUUUCUUCUGUUAUAUUUUAAUUUUUCUGGAUAGCACAUCAUACAAAAUUAUAUAUGAAAUGUAAACUGAAAGGAAUGUAAACAUAUGUAUUGUUAAAUAUAAAUAGGUAAUGAAGUCCUGAUUAGAUGGCAAGAGUCUUAUUCGGAUGGAUCACGCUCAUUUUACCAUACACAUGACUUGUCGCAUGAUAGAGUAGUUUUUUUUGUCUAUGAAUAUGUGAAUAACUUGCGUUUUAUCUUUUUACAUAUUUAAUAAAAAAAUGUAUAUGUUAUUAAAAAAAUGCCAAUUUUACCAACUAUUCAAAAUGGGGCACAUUGUAACUUGUCUGUCUGUUAUUAAACCACCACAUUCAUUUUAAAAUGCAUUUUGUCUGUUACAGUUUCAGCUGAAAGGCUAUGGGAGAAAUGAUCAUGAGUCGAAUCUGAUUAAUAAAACACCCCCAGUUAUGAACAUGA